UCAAUUGUCAAAAUUCAAAUCUGGCAUGCGCUCCAAAUUCGAAUUUCUAUGGCAAUUUUUGAAGUUUGAUCGAUUUUUUUGUGUGAAAAUGGCAGGUUUGCCGAAAUUGCCGGGGCUCACCUUCACUGACCCCACUCUGACCAGUUACCACCUAUCCCAGACCUUUAGCAUUUCAAAUGGGUAUAAAAUCCCAAAGAACGACUACGUGGGGAUAGGAAAUCGGGAACUGGACUCAAAUUCGGUCAAAUUCAUUAGUACCAACGACCCGGUCCGCUUCGAUCCCUCCCUGACUUAUGGACGAACCAAAGCAAUUCCUGUCCAAAUGUUCAAACCGCAUUACGCCCUUUAUGACCAAAAGUGUCUCACUUUUAAGGCUUUUUUCAAGCAGGGGGUUGCAGAGUCGCCCGAUGAGUACUACAGAGUGAGGCAUGUGAACAUAAUCUACUUUCUGGAAGACGAUACGAUCACGAUUAUGGAACCCCGAACCCCAAAUAGUGGGAUUGAUCAAGGCAGGCUUUUGAAACGACACCGAAUUCCCAAAAGCGAAGACGGGGAAUUCUGGCAUUGGAAGGACUUUGGUGUGGGCAGAAAUAUUGUUUUCUACGGAGUUGUCUAUCAUUUGGUGGAUUGCGAUACUUUUACAAGGGAAUAUAUGGCCAGUCAGGGAUUGGUAAUGGCUGAACCUGAGCAAUUACCGCCUGAUCCCUACACCCAAAAUAGAUUAAUGAAGUCGCAUCAGAAUAAUUUUACUAAAACGCCUUCGGCGGAUGAUAAAUUUAGACGCUUUCUGGAAUAUGACGGCAAAAUUCUCAAAUUUAAAGCGAUUUGGGACGACAGAGACUCGGAAUAUGGUGAAAUAAGGAAAUACGAAGUUUUAUAUUUUCUAGCAGAUGACACUGUUGCCGUCAAAGAAAUUCACACCAAAAAUGAUGGCCGGGAUCCUUACUCCCAACUUUUACGCAAAACUAAAUUACCAAAGAUUUGGACCGACAGACCGGCCCACUUCCCCUCAAUCUAUCUGGAGACAACCGACGAAGAGGUCACAGAGUUCUACCAGCCUAAAGACUUACGCGUCGGAGAAACAAUUUUCGUUCUAGGGCGGAAAAUGCUCCUUUACGACUGUGAUGACUUUACGCGUAACUACUUUAAGAAAGCGCUCUGCAUGGAGCAGGGCCCCCCUAUGGACAUUUCAGAGAAGCCUAAACCACCCCCCGAGAAGAAAAUUCCCCCUCAUGACGGCAUCGGUAGCUUGGAGGAUUCCCUCCAAAACACCCUAACUUUUAUGCCAAAACCGCCGCGAAAAGACGUGGUUAAGCAAAUUCUGAACGCAAAUAAAUAUCUCAGAUACGAGAUGAAGAUGGAUGAUAUACAUCCAGAAGAUUCAAUUCGUAGGUUUUUGUUGCUGUAUUCUUUGGGUGACAACACUUGUAAAAUUUUCGAGCCCCCGAUUGAAAAUUCGGGGAUUAUUGGAGGGAAGUAUUUGAGGAGUACUUUACUGCCGAAACCUAACACUAAUCCACUUGAUCCCGAAUAUUACUCGCCGAUUGAUUUUUAUAUUGGGGCUACGAUAACUGUCUUUCAGCAGAGGUUUAUAAUCACGGGGGCUGACUUGUAUGUGUAUCGCUACAUGCAAGCCAACUCGAGUAAAUUUCCGUGCGAAGUCAUUGAAAAUAUUCGGAACUAUAUGUUCAAUAAAGGGUACCUCAAGGAUGAUAUUGAGAAGCAAGUUGAGGAAAGUAAAAUUGAUAUUGAAAAGGCUGAACGAGACGCGAUAGGCAAAAACCUGAUCUACACUCAGACCGAAAUGGAAAAGUGUUUGGAACGUUUUAAUAUUAAAGACGAAAGAGAAGACCCAACUUUCCAGAAGGAAUACGUGAAAGAACCAUUGGUGAUUCCAGAACACAAUGUUCCAUCAUUCGGGAUACAACCUGUUAAUAACGAAUGCCCCUACCCUAUAACAACACCGCCGAUUCCGAGCCUUGAUUGCAAAAGUGAAGCGCAACGGAUUGCAUCCACUGAGUACGACACGGAGGAGGAAAAAAUCAAGAAAUAUUACGACAAAGUAUUGCGCGAACACAAACACAUUUGUGAGAAUGCUGAACCACAACAGCCGCCACCAGAAGACGACUGUCUGGCAAAAGAACGCAAAGGGAAAAGUGUAAAAUUUGAUGAUAACGUAAAAUGUGAAUAAUAAAUUUCUGUAAAUAUAUUUCGCUUCCAAUACAA